AUGGAAAACCAUCCACCACUAUAUUUGAAAAAAUCAGCUAUAACAAAAAUACUAGCAACUCAUCAAAUUCGUGUACAUCUUCAAUACCUUGGAUAUCCAAUUGCUAAUGAUCCCUUAUAUUGUAAUAAAAAGGUUUGGGGCAGUAAUUUAGGUAAAGGUGGGAUAAAUGAGGAAGCUG